GUUCUCUCAGCCCCGCAGUUUGAGACAGCUUUGUGAUGGUUCAUCUCUUUGAGCCAGAGCGUUAGCAGUGCUGUUGCUGGUUGUCUUCCUGUGCCAGGCCUGGUGUGCCAUCCCGGAGGCAGUGCCCUGCAGAUGGGCUGGGGAGGGCUGGGCUGGGACAGGGACUGCUGCGUUGCCUGCCAGCUGCCCUGCCCUUUCUCUUGUCCCUGCAGGCUCCAGUUCAGCUUGUGCCUUCCAGGCGUGAUCAUCCCAGGCUGCAGGAGAGCAGCAAAUGGCCACAGCACAUCGGUGUCAGGAGCCCGUGAGCUUUGCGGAGGUGGCCGUGUAUUUCAGCAGGGAGGAGUGGGCGCUGCUGGACCCUGCGCAGCGAGCGCUCUACCGGGACGUGAUGCUGGAGACGUACCAGUGCGUGGCCUGGCUGGCUCCUCUUCCAGCCCCCAAACCCGGGCUGAUCUCCCUGCUUGAAGGAGGGGAAGACCCCUGGAUCCCAGAUGUGCGUAGCCCUGAGGCCGUGCCAGGAGACCUGAGCCCAGGAACUGGGAUUACAGAUCUACUGGAGGAUGUGCAGGAAAGUGGUGUGGCCGAAAGGCGGUGGGGUAGUGCCUGUGUGGGAGAAAUCAGAAGGGAUGUCCCAGGAGGCCUGGAGCAAGGUCAGGGUGAGCACAUCAAGAAGGCACUGGGAGAGCAUCUGGAAGAGAAAGGAAGGAGCCCACUGGACUUCAACAUAGGUGAAAAGCAGGACGUAGAGCCCAGGAGCAAGGAUGUGUGUCAGAUGAAAAAGCAGAAUCCAUGCACUGAGUGUGGGAAAAGCUUGGAAAUAGAUUCCAGCAUCAUUAACCACCAGUGCAUGCACGCAACGCAGAGCCUGUACAAGUGCUGUGAGUGUGGGAAGAGCUUCAACAGCAGUUACAACCUUACCCGCCACCAACGCAUCCACACAGGAGAGAGACCCUUUCAGUGCUCUGAGUGUGGGAAGAGCUUCAACAGCAGUUGCAACCUUACUUGCCACCAACGCAUCCACACAGAGGAGAGACCCUUUCAGUGCUCUGAGUGUGGGAAGUGCUUCAAUCGCCGUUCUGACUUGAAGCAGCACCUGCGCACGCACAGACAGGAGAGACCCUUUCAGUGUUCCGCGUGUGGGAAGAGCUUCAAAAGAAGAUGCGAGUUAAAGCUGCACCAGCACAUCCACUCAGGGGAGAGUCCCUGCAAGUGCUCUGAGUGUGGGAAGAGCUUCAGCAGAAGUUCCCACCUCACCUACCACCAACGCAUCCAUACUGGAGAGAGACCCUUUCAGUGUCCUGAGUGUGGGAAGAGCUUCAACAGCAGUUCCCAUCUCACCUGCCACCAACGUAUCCACAAAGGAGAGAAACCCUUUCAGUGCUCUGAGUGUGGGAAGGGCUUCAAAACGAAGUUUGAAUUGAAGCUGCACCAGCGCAUCCACACAGGGGAGAGACCCUUUCAGUGUCCUGAGUGUGGGAAGAGCUUCAAAAGCAGUUCUGAAUUGAAGCAGCACCAGUGCAUCCACACAGGACAGAGACCCUUUCAGUGUCUGGAGUGUGCAAAGAGCUUUAAACGCAGAUCUCAUCUCAACACUCCCAAGCGCAUCCACGGAGCACAAUGACUGUAGAAGCACCCCAAGACUCUGGGAACCUUCCAAAGCAGUUCCAGCCUCGUUACCUACCAGCAUUUCCAUAAAAGAUACAGAUCCUGCAGAGCCUCAAACUUGUGAAGAGCUUCAGCCCUUCACCUUCAACCCCUGUGCUUCUCCCCACACAGGAAGAGCUGGCAAAGGAGAUGGCAUCGCUGGCACCCUCUGCAGAAGGGCCUUAACCCAGGAGGUUCAGAUGGCCUUUCCUUGCUUCCCAAAGCAGUUCUCUCAGCAUGCCCAUGUUCCUCUUCUGCUCUUCCUGCCUGCAGCUUUUUGAUGCCAUUUCCUUAGGAGAAGCGGCUGUGUGGGGAUGUUCUGUGUGUCUGUGUGCGUGUGUUGCUCUCAGUAAUUUCUGAGUGCGCAGACGAAUGUGAGAGAAGGGUCAGGAGAGCAGUAACAUGGCUCUUGGAGGUUUUCUGAGAAUCAUCUGUAGGGGAAAGGGAAGGGGUGAAUAAAGUAGCUGAGUUGUUCUG